UGCUGGUGCCAGAGACGCAAGGCGUAAGUUCAUGCCGACCCCAUUAGCCCUAUAUCUACUUACAAGGAAUAGUUCUACCCAAUCAAUCUUGAACGGGAAGGUCACCAAUUACAAAAGCCCACUCCAAACCCUAGUGAGCUUCCUUUCGGAUUAUCUGAUCUAUUUAACAACUUAAAUGAUCCUGCCUCGCUCCUAGACCUACUACUUCCUGGCUUAAUAUCGGGUAAGCCAGACAAACCUACUACCACUCCGGCAGCGACGUUGGUGCCGUCUGUCCUCGUACCUGCUGCGACAGAUACAAUUCCAGCACCAAUAUCACCUAGUGCAACUAUAAGCGCGCCUCCAGAGCCAACUUUGCUGCCUAGCACUGCCGCUCCAACGUCUACCUCAGCUCCGGUAUCGACAGGUUCGACUAGCACAGAUAACAAGACAAGCCAUUCAGCUAAGGCUAGUGAUUCUUCAACCUCUACCGAAUCAGUCCCCUCCGUUCCUACACAGUCAACCGAGUCGCAAGAAUCAAGUCCCAUUCCCACAAUGGAUGAAGGCCAGGAUGUGUUUGUGCCAGUAUCUACCGGCCCCAUUCCCCAAACAGUUAAAUCACGAAACGAUCAUCCUGUUUCUAGGCGGUCGAUUAUAAACGACACAAUACCGAUUGAAACAAACAAAUUCUACGCCGGAUUGUUUCUAGGGACUCAAACCAACGCAACCUUUACUCACCCAUAUAGUAUUGCGUGGGCAAAAGGAAAUGGGAACGCCCAAAGCCAUGGGAUGGGCGUCUCGCACAUUGAGUCGAGCAUGCUUGCUUUGGGACCGAAGAAUGACAAAAUACCCGGUAGUCCAAUUCAAUAUUAUGUCAACCCAAUCGGUAUUCAGUCAAUCAUAUUAUCGGCAACGGAGCUAAAAGAGUCUACUGUGCUUAUGAUAGAGAAUCCACUACCAUUCUCUGCGAAUGCCGUCUUGCAGCCGCAAAAUGGAGCAUCUGAAAGAAUCACCUUCCCCGUGGUACAAGGCAUGGCAUUUGUCACGGGGAUAUACUCUAAGCUUCAGCCCGUCAUCCAGAGCAGUGUUUCCUUUAGCAAAGUAGUCUCCGCUGGCUCACCAAGACCUGGUAUCUUUAAAUACACGGCCAGCCUUGCAGAUGGGACAACUUGGCUUCUUUACUUGACCCCAGAUGAUGGGAAAGACCCAAAUCUCCAACUGGAGUCUACUACCAACCUCCGUGGGCCUACCGGCUGGUCUGGAAUAGUCCAAGUUGCCAAGAACCCAGCAGGUACUUUGGGAGAAAAGCUGUUUGACAAUUCAUCUGGAGUCUUUGCGAAGCAAGGUUGGGUGAAAGGUGCGGUAUCUGGGCGCGCGGGCACAUACAGCUUCGAGUGGGAAAAAGAUGGCAAGGAUAAGGGAAGCACUCCUUUGAUGAUGUACGCUUUGCCACAUCACGUCGAAUCGUUCGAUCAAGCUACCAAAGUCCGAGCGACGAACAUCACAUUACGAACCCCUACCAAAGGCAAUGCGACUGCGGUCAUUGGAGAAACUUGGUCCAUGGUCGAACAAGAUCUUCCGGUUGAUAUGGGCCUCGCCCCCUGGUCAGUCUCCGCUGGCAGCGUCGAUAAACUUUCUUCAGCGGCCCAAAAAGUCAUCAUAGAUGUGGCACCAACAGAGCUUCGGCAAGAUGUCAAUAAUCAGUCCAAUUUGAAUAGCAUGUAUUUCAGCGGCAAGGCUCUCAGCAAAUUCGCUACACUUGUAUACACUGUGGACAAGUUGGGUGGUAACCCCGACCUGGCAGCCGCAGCUCUGAAGGACCUCAAAACAGCAUUCGCUCGGUUUGCAAAUAACGGCCAGCAAUUUCCCUUAGUGUAUGACAAUGUUUGGAAGGGGGUAGUGUCUUCCGCUAGUUAUGACGGUGGUGAUUCUGGGGCCGAUUUUGGGAACACAUAUUACAACGACCAUCACUUUCACUAUGGAUACUUCAUCCAUGCCGCUGCAAUACUUGGGUCCCUGGAUCCAUCUUGGAUCCAAGGCAACAAAGAUUGGGUCAAUAUGCUCGUCCGUGAUGCAGGAAACGGCGCUAUAAAUGACCCGCUUUUCCCUUUUUCUCGUGGAUUUGACUGGUUCCAUGGUCAUUCAUGGGCGAAGGGGCUCUUUGAAUCCUUCGAUGGGAAAGAUGAAGAGUCUACAUCGGAAGACGGUAUGUUUGCUUAUGCUCUCAAGAUGUGGGGGAAGACUGUCGGGGAUGCGAGUAUGGAAGCAAGAGGAAAUCUGAUGCUGGGAAUUCUACGACGAAGCCUGCGCAAUUACUUCCUCAUGGAAAGCGACAACCAGAACCAACCCCCGGCGUUUGUUCCGAAUAAAGUGACAGGCAUAGUAAGCUAUACGACAUGUGAGCCUCAUUAGCUCCAUACUGACACCGAUUUAGUUGUUCGAAAAUAAGGUGGACCACACCACUUACUUUGGAGCUAACCUUGAAUAUAUCCACGGAAUUCACAUGCUUCCUCUCUUGCCAGCCUCGUCAUAUCUGCGCAACCAGAAGUUCGUAAGGGAGGAGUGGAACGCCCUUUUUGCGACCAAUGCUGCCACGCCAGCAGAGAAGGUGCAAGCAGGAUGGAAAGGGAUCUUGUACGCAAAUCUUGCCCUGAUCGACCCUGUUGCGGCCUGGAACUUCUUUGCGCAACCGAAUUUCGACUACACUUGGAUCGACGGGGGUGCAACGCGGACGUGGUACCUUGCGCUUGCCGCAGGUGAGUUUUGCAAACGAUCUUCAGGCUAUGUAGCGGCGGCUAACAGGAUAUAGGACUCGGCGGCGCAUAAAGUU